AUGACUGACAGCGAGGAGUCAUGUUUUGGACGAUUAUCCAAAACAAACCAACGUUCCCAAGAAGAGGAAGAAACACUACAACACUUCCGUGAUACGUUUCAGCGCGACCAAGAUGGCCGAUUUGUUUUACGUUUGCCAAUAAAGGAAGAACACAGAAGUUUGGGCAAUAGCCUAGCAAUGGCAACCUCAAGAUUUAUAAACAUCGAAAGAAGGCUACAGCGUGAUGAUCACUUGCGAAAAGAGUACACAAAUUUCAUGACAGAGUAUAUAAGCAUGGGCCAUAUGCACGAAGUGAUCGCAUCACAGGAUGCUUGUUAUUUGCCACAUCACCCAGUCAUAAAAACAUCGAGCCUAACCACUAAGACUAGAGUAGUCUUUGAUGCUUCGGCUAGAACGUCAAACGGCACUUCACUCAAUGAUGUGCUGAAGCGUGGUCCGACCGUACAAGAAGACAUUUUUUCUAUUCUGACAAGAUUUCGGAAACAUCAAUUUUUAUUGACAGCUGACAUUGAAAAAAAUGUUCCGGCAGAUUAUGAUCGCAGAGGAGGAUAG